AUGACUACAAGAAGUUCCAAGCGACUGAAAAAGAGCAACUCGCCACCUAAAGAGGAUGUCACUACUAGGUCUACUGCUUCUAUCUUUAGAAACGUUGAUCCUCAAACAUUCAAAGAAAUAGAAAAAGAAGAACAGAAAAAGUCCCAGCACCUUUCCACCUCUGAGCAAUCGUCCACUAUCAAUCAACAGGAAGACUUGAGCAAUGUUGGGUUCCCACUUCGAUAUGUUUAUCAAUUCCAAGACUUUUUAAAUGAUAAUCUUAGUGUUUUGAAGGGAGCGCAGAUUCUUGUGUUUGGCCUAUUUAUCCAACUUACCUACCUUAGACAGGACAUGAUUGCACACUUGAAAGUCACAUUGCCCAUGAUUUUUUUCAACUUGAUUGGUGUUGUUGGUUGCAUGGUCUUGAGUGUGGUUAAGAGUAAAGAGGAGUUUGUCAAACCUCCUGAGUUUGGUUACUUUUACAGUGUUUUUAUCCCAACCUUUCUCAAUAUUCUUUAUUAUGAGCCAAGCUGGUUUUUGGUCAAUUGUGCCUUGAAUUACUUUAUUUGCGAUAAAAUGAAUCCGAUCUUUAACCUCAUUUCAAGUAUCAUGUUUUACGAGAUUUACAAGGAUGAGGCCAAAGCGACUAUACCAACAGCGCAAUUUAUCCAAUAUGCACUCACGAUGUUGUUCUUUAGCUACGCCUUGAAUUACUUGAGCAAGUCAAAUGAAGAAGCAGACGACAAAAAGAGCGCAAAAGAGGACCAAAGUGGAAAAGAAAAAGAGAAUAAACCAGGAAAUGAUGAAUCAGUUUUGAUCCUCGAAACAGAACAACUGCACAGUUUGAGAAAAUCAGAAAUUCAACUUAUAUCUAUACUUCUCAUCAAUUUGUUAUUCAACCCAGCUCUUAGCGAGAACAAAUUACCAUUGCUUAUUUUCCAGAAACUCGUUAUUAGUUUAACAGCAACGUCUUUCCUAUUUUAUCCUGUGUAUGCUUACUUGCCAGAACUAGUUGCAGUCGUUUCGUUUCUCGGGACAUUCUCAUUUUUAACAAUCUACCAGCUCAACCCCGUACUUAGUGAAAAUGCCCUCGUUUGGUUGUAUGAAUACACUGCGGUUAGUCCUGAAAGAUUGUUUUUGUUUAAGUGUUGGGUUUCUGCAGCCAUAGUCAGUGUUCCUAUUGUGUUUUAUAUCGCGGGACUGUUUAGAUUGAAUUUUAGAAGAAAAAUCUGGCAUGUUUUGCUAAUUGCCGCAUUGACAUUCAGAAGAAGCAUUUUGUUUGAUCAAAUUGAAUUCACAUUGAUUGCAUUGGUAGGCAUGAUUAUCAUAUUUCUCUUGGUAGAAGGUGUGAGACUAACUAAUGAUUCCUCGUUCCUUGGUAAAUUCUUAUCCAAGCAACUAGCCCAAUUCCAAGAUGCAAAGGAUUUGGGAACAUUGAAUUUGUCCUACAUCUACUUAAUUACUGGAGCAACAAUCCCAAUAGCCUAUGACUAUCUUCUUCACAAGGACAGCGUUUCAAUCAUUAGGUACUUGGGCUUAAUCAGCAUUGGUGUUGGUGAUACUUUUGCCUCGGUGAUUGGCCAAAAGUUUGGUUCAUUCAAGUGGAAAGGAAGCAACAAGUCCGUACAGGGCACCGUUGCCUUCAUUUUCAGUUCAUUAUUGGCAGCAGCAGUUGUAGAUCAUUUGAACAAGGGCAAUGCUCAGUAUACUUCCAUUGGGAACUGGGAAAAUUUCCUCGUUGCGAUCAUUCUUGGUGGUGUCUUGGAAGGUGUGGCCGAUCUCAAUGACAACUACCUUAUCCCAACUUUUAUUCCUUUAGCAUUGGAAUUAGUCAAUAGAUUUUAUAACGAUUAA